CACCUCAUUUUUAAGCUGUUGUCUGCUCUUUCGCUGUGCUCAGUUCUCAAAACCUCUGAGAAGAUGCACCUGUAUACGAUCCUCUUAGGAGUAUUUCAUCUGUCAGCGGUGAUUCAGUCGUCGGCACUCAAGCAGGACACUGGGGUUAUAUCUGCUCGUGUUGGGGACAAUGUGACGUUACAUUGCUUCUAUGACAGCCAAGUGGCGAUGCACUUCUCCUGGUACCGACAAACCUUAGGAAGUGGACCUGAACUUCUGUCUAGUAUUUACAAAUAUGAUAAACCAUCCACAGUCUCCCGCUGGACGAAGAAGAACCCUCGUUUCUCUGUGCAAAGGAAGGAAGGGAUGAAUCAUCUCCACAUCUCUGACGUUCACUUAUCAGAUUCAGCUACGUACUACUGUGGAAGCUCACACUCCAACAUAGUGGACUUUGGAAAGGGAGUCUUUCUAAGUGUCAAAGGAGUCAACAUCAAGGAAAUAGUCCAGGGGCCAACAUCUGAGACAAUCCUGAAAGGAGGCUCUGUGACUUUCAACUGUACAGCACGCUUCGGGACCUGCGAUGGAGAACACAGUGUUUACUGGUUUCGACAUGGAUCUCGCCAAGCAGUCCUUCACGCGCUCGGGGAGGGGUGUAAACAAGUCUCCACAUCAGGGCCUCCUUCACUGAACUGUGUCUACCAUUUGCAGAAGAUGAACCUGACCUCCUCUGAUGCUGGAACCUACUACUGUGCUGUGGCCUCGUGUGGGGAGAUACUGUUCGGUAAUGGAAGCAAGCUGCUCAUCAAAGAUGAUGUUGAAGACCAAGCGGCACAGAUUACAAUCUUAGUCUGGCUCUCCAUAAUCAGAACCGGGCUUCUCUUAUUCUUUUUAACUAUUUGCUUCUUAUUUCACAUCACCAAACGCGGGUGAUGUUUUUAAUGCAGAGGUUGGCUUUCUUAGUUUAAAAUGUUCACUUAGUUAAAAAUAUCUUUUACAGAUAAAAUAUAUGUUAUCACAAAUUACAAAAACAUUUUAUAUCUAGUUUUCUGAAUUUGCUUUUUGGCCGCAUUACAUUUUUCUUCAUAAAAGCAACUGUGACAAAGCUAUUAUUUGUCUCCCACAGUGUCAUUAUUUAGUAGACGAUGUAUAAUUAGGAGAAGCAUACAAAUAAUUUUAGAACAACAACAAAUGUCAAAGCAAAGCAGUCAGAAGAACUUCAGAUCUUGCUCACAUUGAAUCUUUUGUCUAAUCAAGCCAUAAACUUUGUUCCGGUUUUACCAACCACAGCGCUACAUAACAUCUGCAAUGUUUGCUCACAAGCUGUAUGCGGUUAAAAACAAAGAAACACACUGUGUUAUGGAACAUCAGUGAACUUCUGCUUCUUAACAUGUAGUUUGAUCACAAAAACAGGUUCCUGUGAUCCACUGAAAGUCUUGAAAUGAGGACAUCCUGCUUGAAACCGCCUACAAACACAAAGAGAGCACAAAGGCUUAAAAGGGCACACAAUCAAACUGACUAUGUAUCGAAUGUUACCCAAAUUACAC